AUGAGUGAUAACGAGAAUGUGCUGUUUGAAGAGGAUGUCGACAGGCUGGUAUUAGAUGAUGAUGAUGGUGAUUUAUCGGAGAUCGAUGAUCGGUGGUGUUUGGUGGGGCGCUUCCUUACAAAACGCAGUAUUGACUGUCAAGCCAUGCAACACAGAAUGGCUUCCCUGUGGCAACCGAACCGAGGUUUGUACGUUAAAGAACUUGACCCGAAUCAUUUUUUAUUUCAAUUCUAUCAUGAGAUUGGUAUUACAAGAGUUAUCGAUGGUAGUCCAUGGACUUUUGAUCGUGUUCCUUUGAUUUUUGAGAGGGUGAAACCGGGGGAGAAUCCUAUACAGAUUAGUCUUACCCGUUUGGACGUCUGGAUUCAAUGCCAUGACAUGAAAACUGGUUUUAUGUCCGAAAACAUUCUGAAGCAUAUGGCAAAUUAUAUUGGUACUUUUGUGAAAUCAGACCCUAAUAAUUUCACAGGUGUUUGGAGAGAUUAUCUUAGAGUUCGUACCACUAUUAAUGUAGAAAAGCCAUUGAAGAAAAAGAUGACUUUGGAAAGGAAAAAUGGGCAGACGUGCACAGUCCAAUUUAAGUAUGAAGACUUACCCACCUUCUGUUUUAUUUGUGGAGUAUUGGGGCAUUCAGAGCGGUUCUAUGAUCGCUUAUUCGACACCCUUGCAAAGGUGAUUAAGAAAAUGUUCGAUCUUUCACUAAAGGCGGCGCCACGGAGGAGACAGCAUACCAUCGGAUCACCAUGGCUCCGAUCUGGUGCGAGUUACAGAGGCCCCGUGACUGGUGGAGGAGAGAGCUCACAGGCAGGCGUAUCAAGGAAUAUUAAUGGGGAAGAGAGUAAUCAAGGAUUGAUUGCCAAUCUACAUAAUAUUGGCAAUCCUCGACAGCUUAUACGUGGGGAUGUUUCUCAUUUAUUGGAAAAAGAUCCUAAGGCUAAGGAUAAGUCAAUUCAAGGUGGGAAUGAUGUGGCAUCUGAGGAUAUUUUAAGUAAUAAUGCUUUAUUGGUUGUGGAAAACAAAAGAAGGAGAACUAAUGUGGAAAAGGGGUUAGGUGAGAGUGUGGUGGACCAAAUGGAUGGGUCGAAUCUUUCUUCAAUUGGGCUGGGCAGAAUUUCAAAUGAUAAUGGCAUUUUUGAAAUGUUAGACCAAGAUAACCAUAUUGACAUAAAAGUUGCUACACUUGAUGGAAGUUGGUGGAGACUAACAGGAGUUUAUGGAGAGCCCAACCGAAACGAAAGAGAGCAAACAUGGACUCUUUUGAAGACAUUAACAAGGAACUCGACUCUUCCAUGGUGUGUAAUCGGAGACUUGAACAAUGUCCUUAGUCAAGAAGACAAAAAAGGGGGUCGUCCGUAUCCCCAAUGGUUACUACAAGGCUUUCAAAGUUGUUUAGAUGAAUGCGGUUUGGAAGAUUUGGAGCUCUUGGGCUACCCUUUCACUUGGGAAAGAGCUAGAGGUACUAGAGAAUGGAUCGAGGUGCGUCUUGAUCGAGCUUUGGUCACUAAUUCUUGGCGUACUCUGUUUCCAGAAGCUUGUUUAACGAAUUUGGAAGCUUCAACAUCGGAUCACUGCCCAAUUUUUCUAGAGCUGAUUGUAAGGGUCUCUUUUCGUACUCCUCGUCGCUUUCGUUUUGAGAAUGCUUGGCUUUCUGAGCCCAUGUGUUAUCAGCUUGUUCAAGAUUGUUGGGAUACUCAAUCUCAUGAUAGUACUUCGGGUAAGAUUAGCAUGUGUGCGGAGGUUCUAGCUCGGUGGGGGAAAGAAAUAACUGGAGAUUUCAAGGCUCGAAUCAAACAAUGCAAAACAACCAUGUCUAUUUUAAAGCCUAAGAUGGAUGCUGAGUCGGUCAAGCAAUAUGCUGAAGCUAGAAACCGGUUGUUUGAAGUCCUCGAGCAGCGGGAGACAUUUUGGAAGCAAAGAGCCAAGCAAUUUUGGUUAAAAGGUGGAGACAAAAAUAGUAAGUAUUUUCAUAAAACAGCUAGUAGCCGUAAACAGCACAAUACUAUCUUACAACUUAAGGAUGAUCAUGGUACCUGGGUUGAUUGGAAUAAUGGGCUAGCUAAUGUGAUCAAUUCUUAUUAUACCUCUCUUUUUGCCACUGCUAACACACACUGCCAGGAGGUAAUUGAUAGUGUUUCGGCUAUUGUUCCGAGUCAUGCGAAUGAAGAGUUAUCCAAGCCUGUUUCGGAAGAGGAGGUGAGGAAGGCUGUUUUUCAAAUGCAUCCAGACAAAAGUCCAGGCCCUGAUGGCAUGACCCCUGCCUUCUAUCAAAAAUGUUGGCAAAUUGUCAAAAGGGAUGUUACUCGAACGGUGCAGCAUUUUUUUGAGCAUGGUGUCCUUGAAGAUGGAUGUGGGGAAGCCAAUAUUAUAUUAAUUCCAAAGAAGAAAAACCCGCAACAUAUGAAAGAUCUUCGUCCGAUAGCUCUGUGCAAUGUCUUAUACAAAGUGAUCACUAAAGUCAUGACCAACCGGAUGAAGCCGUUUAUGAGCGAGAUAAUAGCUGAUUCUCAAAGUGCCUUUGUGCCGGGCCGUUUAAUAUCUGAUAAUGUGUUGGUGUCUUUUGAAGUCCUUCACUACCUGAAACGAAAAAGAAAAGGGAAGACGGGUUUCAUGGCACUUAAACUUGACAUGAGUAAGGCAUAUGAUAGGAUUGAAUGGCCUUUUCUCGAAGCAAUGUUGAGAAAGAUGGGAUUUGUGGAAAAUUGGAUUCGUCUAAUCAUGACUUGUGUUUCGACAGCCAAGUACAAAGUAAUUCAUGAUGCAUAUGAGGUUGGUCUGAUAUGCCCUUCUAGAGGCAUAAGGCAAGGGGAUCCUCUGUCUCCUUAUCUGUUCAUUAUCUGUGCAGAGGGUUUAUCAUCCCUACUUUAUAAGUAUGAAAGAAAUGGGUGGAUACAUGGUUGUAAAGUUGCUAAUGGUGCACCAAGAAUAUCUCAUAUGCUCUUUGCCGACGACAGCUACCUUUAUUGUAAAGCAACACUUCAGGAAGCUCAACGAAUUCAAGAAUUACUUCAUAAGUUCGAGAGUGCUUCGGGUCAACAAGUCAACUUUGCAAAAUCCUCUAUCUUCUUCAGUCUCAACACCGAUCAUCCUAUCCAAAUGCAGAUUUACAAUUAUCUCCAUAUGGUCGUGGCCGAUGAAGGUAGUUUUUACUUGGGAUUACCUAGUACAAUGAGUAGAAACAAAACUUCAGUGUUGGGUUUCUUACGAGAUAAGGUGAAGAAAAGAUUACAGAGUUGGGAAGGAAAGUUUCUGUCUAAAGGAGGAAAAGAGGUUCUUAUAAAAUCGGUCGUUCAAGCGCUCCCUAGUUACGCUAUGAAUGUAUUUUUACUUCCUCUUGAGAUUAGCAAUGAUAUUGAAAGAGCAAUGUGUAAGUUUUGGUGGAAAACUUCACAAGAUGAUAACAAAGGCAUUCACUGGAUGGCUUGGGACAAACUUUGUUUUCAUAAAAGAGGAGGAGGCAUGGGGUUUCGUAAUCUCCGAGACUUCAACUUAUCCCUUCUUGGAAAACAAGGGUGGUGUAUGCUUACUCGUCCUCAGUCUUUAGCCUCUCGUUUGUUCAAAGCAAGGUAUUUCCCUAAUGGUAAUUUUCUUAAUGCUCAAUUGGGUUCGAACCUGAGUUUUGUGUGGAGAAGUAUCUUGGAAUCUCAGUCGCUUUUGCAACAUGGAAUUCGAUGGUGUGUGGGAGAUGGUAGCCAAAUUCAGAUCCUUGGUGAGCCUUGGCUUCCACAUGAAGAAAAUCCCAAGGUUAUUUCUUCCCACCCGUCCUUGAUUAAUGCUACUGUCAACUCCUUUAUGAAAACAGGGGAGCUAACUUGGGAAGAUGACAUUUUAAAUGACCUUUUUGAGGAAAGAGACCGUACUUUGAUCAAAACCAUUCCACUAAACAUUACUCAAAAUUUUGAUCAUUUAGUUUGGUCCAAAGAGAACUCUAGCACUUUCUCUGUUAAAAGUGCCUAUGCUCUCUUGCAAAAGUUGAAAGGAAAUUGGUUUGAUGAUGCUGGAGAUGUUUUUUGGCGUAAGUUGUGGCAGCUGAAGCUUCCUUCGAAGAUGCAAAAUCUGGUUUGGCGGGCUUGUAAUAACUGCUUGCCAACGGUGGUUCAACUGCGUACUAAGCGUGUCGAUGUAAGUCCUUUAUGCCCGAUUUGUCACAAUGAACAUGAAACUAUACUCCAUGCUUUAGUCACUUGCCGUGAGGUUCGCAAAUGCUGGGACCGUGUUGGAAUCGGUACAUCUGUCACUCCUGGCGCUAGUUUCUUUGACUUGUGCAGUGUGGCUUUUCGCAACAACUCUGCUGCUGUAAAUUGCAGAAUUGUGGUCGUGUGUUGGGCUAUUUGGGGAGCCAGGAAGAACCUGGUGUGGAACAAGAAACCAUUUAUUUUUGAAGACGUUGUUGCGUAUGCGUUUCGCUAUCUUGACCAAUGGAAAUCUGCUCAAGUAUCUUCGGAUUCAUCGUGGCCGAUUCUAACGGCUGCUGAUGUGGGAGAGCAGUGGACACCACCUGACGGUACUAGUGUCAAGAUAAACGUCGACGCGACAAUCUUUAAUGAUGGGAGGAGCUUCGGCUUGGGUAUGGUGGCUAGAAACUCUGAUGCGGUCCAAGUGGAGGUGGUUGUUGCAGAAGCAAUAGGCAUUCGGGAGGUAUUGAGUUGGUUGAAGGAGAAUCAAUGGCCUCAAGUUUACAUCGAAACCGAUUCUCUGUGUGUGGUGCAAGCUAUUCAUAGUUCCAUCGAUAUGAUAUCCUUGUUUGGUAGUGUCAUUCAAGAUUGUAAAACUAUGCUUGCUUCUCUUAAUAAUGUUGUUGUGUCUUUUGUUAAGCGAUCAGCUAAUGUAGUAGCUCAUAAGUUUGCUAGAGCUGCUAGAUUAUAUCCUGAUUGUACUUGCAGUUUGGAGACUGUUCCAACUGAGUUGCUGCUUUGUUUGGUAGCGGAUAUGUUAGAAGGCUAUAAGGAUGAGGGAGAAUGGAAAAAGGGCACUGAUUUGAAUUUUGAAGGUGAUGCUGAUGAUGAAAAAGGGGGAAUGGAAAAAUUGGCUAUAUAA